UUUGAACUAGCUUCUUUAAGUUACCCAAAUUCUCCAGUGGCACAGUCAGAAAUGGCUAUGAAGAUAAUUAAAAAAUCUCAAUCAAAAGCUUUUCUGAAAGAUAGAGCUAGAGGAGUAAAGAAGUUGAAAAGAAAGCUUUUUUGGACAGAUUGAAGAAAGAGGAAUACAGGAGGAAUGUUUUGAGAACGUUGAGGAAAGCCAUGCUAUUAGUAAUAAGCAAAGAAGAAGUAGAGAACUCAACUAACUCAAUAAAUCCAACCAAACACUCAACGAAAGACUAAAAUAAUAGGCCUUCUCACUUCAGCAUUAGAAAGAUGAAUGUUGAUUACCAGAAGAACAAAGAAAUCAGCAGGAUGAUAAAAAAAUAAUUACAAACUAUCUCAUAAAGGCUGGAACUCCAAAAUUCAUUCAGAUAAUUCAUCUUUGCCUAUAAUAUGCAAGUAGCCUAGUCAAUAGAGUAUACUUAUGGGAUCGAAGUAGUCAGGAAUGAGGGAAUAAGAUCCUACCGGAAUUUAAAGGACUUCUGAGGUUAAAAAAAAUGGAAUUUUGUUUAGAAAAUAUAUCAUCUAUCAUCUCAGGCGUUGAUAUGGGAUUCUCCAAAGACAACCUUCAUGAAAGAAAACACAGAGAUUCAUCAGAACCACCCAAAAAAUCCUUGCAAGAACCCCC